AUGAGCUGGCUGAAAGAUUUUGAGAAGAAUGGCUUCGCGGUGAUCGAGAACGUUUUCACAAUCGAUGAGCUGACUGAAAUGAAAAGCGAAAUCGACCGCUUGAUCACCGAAAUUGAUUUGAAGGAUCACCCCAAAAGCGUGUUUUCAACACUAGAUGAGGAUAAGCAUGCUGCUGAUGACUACUUCCUCAACAGCUCUGAUAAAAUUCGGGUAUUUUUCGAAGAGGGCGCGCUUGAUAAAGAAGGAAAUCUGCUUACCGACAAACACAAGGCCUUCAACAAAAUUGGACAUGGACUUCAUCUGGGAAACCCUGUCUUCAAACGCAUGUCAUUCCAUCCGAAAAUAAAGCAACUGGUCAGAGAAAUACACUUCGAGGAGCCUAAAAUUGUGCAAAGCAUGUAUAUAUUUAAGGUGAGCCUCAUCGUUGUUUUCAUUCUGAUUGACCGUUCCAGA